AUAAUGUCAACUGCUGCUCACCGCGAUCGUAUCAUUACUUUCCUAAACACAAUUACAAUUUAUAAAAAACGGAAUAUCACACCACCAUCAGUGCGCGAUGAGUUUUUUGUGUAGAAGUUAUUAAAGCAAUUACUGAGAGAAUUUAUUAACCUUUAUAUCCCACUUUCGAUCCCGUAAAUUUCUGUAAUUAGUGGGGUUGAGAGAAGCGGUGAGGGAGACGACCAUUGCUCCAGUUACCACCAGCGUGUGUUGCCUCACUCAUCUACCUCCCACCUCCUGCCUGGCCAUCUUCACCUCUUGUUUUUCAACGCUUGUGCGUGUGAGAAGAUGGAUGCAGAACGUUGCCUAAGAGUAGGUUACGGCCAUUGGCCGCCCUUCUCCAUGUACACUGGUGACGGACUAGCAGGGAUUAUGGGCACCGUCCUUGAUGUCCUUGCCUACAAGCUCAAUUUCUGCUACGAGUUGGUACCUAUUGGGCCAGGCGGAUGGGGCACUAUACUCGCCAAUGGCACUUGGACAGGGCUGAUGGGCAUGUGUCACCGCGGGGAGGUCGAUAUAGCACUUGGUCCCCUGGCUAUCAAUGAGGAACGCGCUGCGGCAGUAGAUAUGAGCGUCCCACUGUUUUAUGAUCAGCAAGUGAUCUCCUACUCCCGUCCCAAGCUGGAGCCUGAUCUAGCUGGUUUCAUCAGGCCUUUUACUCCCCUGAUGUGGCUUAUAAAUGGCCUGGUGGUGAUACUGGUCUUCAUCGCCACCUGUAUCCUGCUGGUGACCCCCAGCAGCUGGAAAUCACAUAGAGGUUCAGGUUCUUCCUCGGGGCUCACCAGAGGGCUUGCUGUGGACUGGUCGGUGAGGGAGACGGGACCAGCAGGAACAUGGCAGAGGGUCUACCAGCUGAUGUUAUGGACCUUCGGCGUCUUGCUUAACCAGUCGAUGGCGUGGUUCCCCUCAAACAACACGGGACGGGUGCUGGGAGGGUUCUGGCUGAUGGCAGCUCUCAUCAUCGCCACUGUCUACAGAAGCAAUCUCAAAGCCAUGAUCAUCAUACCUAAGGUAAAUGUCCCAUUUAACAACUUAGAAGAACUGAUUGAACAGUCAGAAAUACCAUACAUAGUGAUUGGAGGAGGAGCAGUUUACUCUACAUUCAAGGCAGCGGCCAGGGACUCACUAUUUGGACGCGCCUGGUCUAACUUGGCUCAAGCCGCUUGGACCUACCAGGAGGGACUCAGGCUGAUCUUAUAUGAAGGACACGCCAUCAUAAUCGACCACACCACCAUCCUCAAUGUCCUCCAUGGCUCCUUCUCUAAGACAUCAACGUGUCCACUGUGGAUGACCCGUGAGGUGAUCAUGAGCUACAUGCUGAGUGUCGGCUUCCCUAAGAACACCUCCCUCAAGGACCGAGUCAAUCCCAUAUUCAUGAGCAUACGGGAACACGGGCUGAUAAACCACUGGAUGCACGAGGAACUCAUGAACUCUACCCACUGCCUCACUCCUCCAGGGUCAGAACCCAUUGAGCAACGUUCCCUCCAGUUACAAGACUUCUACGGCGUCUUCAUACUGUUUGGGUUCGGUCUGGUGUUAUCUUUGCUGGUGUUCCUGCUGGAGCUGGUGUGGGACCGCUUAUGUAACCACCACGAAGGCCUAAGCCAGUCCACCACCCGCACACAGCCGACCACCGCCCCACGUCUGCUAACCAGUGAUUAGAACGACCAAGAGACUAUCUGCUUAUAAGAUGUUUAAUGCAUUCUCAAGACGGUAUCCUGUAGGAUUUAACACUGAUGACCAUUAUAAACAACAUUUUUGUUUUUUAGGAGUUAAAAGAAAAAAAAAUAAUUAGAGAGGGUUACAGUCCACUACAGAAGUUAAUCACUGAACGAUCCACGUAAUGUCCAUGCAUGGGAGCCUUAAAUAAAUAAUGUCACAGCAGAA